AUGGUUGAGAUAUUUGAUCCUAGCAAGGGCAGAUUCAUUGUACAAGACUUGGUUGGCGAAGUGUCUCUCGGUGCCGUGGAUGUUGAGUGCAUCUUGGCCUUGGAGAACCACAGACUGUCGACAGAAGGUAUUCUCGGUGAGGAAGGUGAGGAUGUUAAAGAUCGAGUUCCGCCUCAAUUCCUGAGCAAGACCACAGGUAACAUAGUCAUCGAUGAUCUAAUUGUGGACAUCACAAAAAAUAAAUUUGCCAACGACGAUUUCCUUCGGAGAGUUGUCCUCGUGUUGCUUGGAACAGUUCUUGCUCCCAUGUCGAGCAAGACUGUACCAAAGCAAUAUUACGCAUUGGUGGACGAUGUGAAGCGUAUAUCCAAGAUUAAUUGGAAUGCAUUCACCCUUCGGGUUCUGCUGGACUGCCUUCGCAACGUGAGGAAAGGCAAACACCUCCGCCAAUGGCCGAGAGGGAACUUAGCUCUCCUGCAGAUUGAAGACAACAUAACCAAGGAGUAUAGGGCGCAGGAGCGCAAAGUACCCGAACCAGAAAAGCCAAAAAUGAAGCCCGCCGUUGGCGCGGCAAAGAAGUCCAAGUUAGCCUCAAACGCAGACGAGAUGAUGAACCUUAUCAUGAAGCGGUGUAUGGAUUACAUACGCAGCCAAAUGAAGGAAAUACCAGAACAAGUAGCCGAGAGAUUGUUAGAGAAGUUGAACCAAAAUGGUGUGAUGUACAAGCCAGCGGCUGCUGCGGCUUCCGGCAACAACGAUGCCGACCUAGAAGUGGAUUCCUUUGAGAAUGGUCCGCCAGAAAAAAAAGAAUUCGUGUACAAGGAUGACUCUGACGGUCUAGAGCCGGUGAUUGAUUUGACACAGCCUGACGAGCCUGUUGUAAACCAGAACAACGAUGAUGAGGAAAAAACACCUGCCAAGUUAAAUGUUGACAAGACAACGAAGCCUACUGAUGAGUGCGGCGCAACACCGGAGAACCCUUGGAUUGUAGGUAAUUCUCCUCGAGCAGAAUCGUCCGACAUUGACAUUUCUGCAAGUUCUAUCGACAGGAUGGUGGGUAAGAGCAAGGGGAAAAAGUCUGCAGCAACCGCAAAAGAAGACGAUGUUAUAUCCGGGAAGCGCCGACGGACUGUUCCCAAGAAAUUUGAAUCCCCCUUUGAACUUGACAAGCCCGGCAAGCGAAGCGCUCGCGCUCUAUUUAGUGACAAUGACAUGGAAGGCUCUGUUAAGGACGAUUUGACACCGGAACUCAUCGAUGCUGCUGUUGCGUUUGUGGAGGCAGCUGCUCGGUCUGAGAAGAAUAUGACAAAAAGAGUUUACUACAAUGAACGUGGCACCUCUGUGACUGUGGAGAGUAUACGACCGAUUAUCGAUGCUUAUCAGACACAUUUGUCUCUGCGCGUUGGUCAUGAUCGGCACCUCUGUCCAGCCUGGAGGUCCAAAUACCUUGUUGAUCGUGCUAAGGCACGAGACAACCCUAAACCGUCGAAAUACAACAUGGAUAGUGCGCUGAGCAGAGCUGGAGCAGUAUGUAGGGUUCUGGACGAGUAUACCGUCCGUGAUAAGUCGUUUAUCCCGUUGAACGUCGGCAAUACACACUGGAUCACCGUGGUGAUGCACAACCGCAAGAAAGAAUUCCGAGUUUUUGAUUCGCUCUAUCCUCUCGAGUUCUCUCUCGACACUGUGAAAGCACUGCGACUAGCAAUAGCAAUUGAUAUGGAAGAGGCAAACCGUAUUACACCUGGCAAAUAUCCAGACGUCACUAAGUGGCCUAUCAUACCUCAGAUCGACAUGCCACUACAAGAGGACGGGAACUCUUGUGGCCUUUUUGUGAUUGAAGUUAUGGAGCAUUGGGACGGGGAUCGAUGGACUGCCGAUUUUACCCAGGGCACGGUUAAUGCAAGGAGAAGGCGUCUCAUCACCGAGUUGGUUCUCUCACCUACCAACACGCUCGAUUGUGUGACGAACAAAAUCCGCGACGUCGCAAAGAAAAUCAAGGCGUGA